AUGUCGCUGAACCAAGUCUGGGAGGCAGCCUCUGCAACCCCAUUUGAACCAAUUGUCUCAAAGGAUAGCCAAUUCACGAUUGGCUUCAGCCUCCUGGUUAUUGCUGUCAUUACCACAGGACUUUUCGGACUCAAUCGGUCGCUCGCAAGCAUCUUCACCUUGGGCAUUCCGGCCUCGCUAGCACUUGGUUUUGGAGCCGUCUUUACGAUUUGCGCUGCUGGAGUUUAUGUUUAA